AUGGCUGACUUUGCGGCAAGACGACAAGAGAAUAUUAAGCAGAAUGAGAUGUUUCUCAGUGAGCUUAAGAAUCCCAUACCCAAGGUCGAUCCUCAAUCCAAGCCUGCCAGCAAAAGCGUUAAACGUAGGGCCACUUCACCACGCGUGCCUACAAGACAGUCCAGGCGCAUAGCGGAAGCCAGCACGAAACCGAGUUACAAUGAGGAUCGAGAUGAUGUAUCUGUAUCACAGACAUCCUUCAGAACCAGAAAAAAGAGUCGGGCAGUCUACAACAACGCUGUGCAAUCAAUAAGUUCAGACCCUGAAUCAAGCCCUCAAAACUCCAAGGACGUCAAAUCCAUUGUAGACGGGUGGAUAAGAUGGAAGCCAGAAGCUGACGAGCCGACGCGCGAUGCUUCUGGAGCAUUUCAUUUCGAUUCCCAUCCUGAUUUCCGGCCCAACAAAUCCCCAGAAGAGAUCAUCCGCGAGGGAAGCUUUGGCGGCUCUUACUGGCGACCUUUAUUCUCAAAGCAUCUGGGAAUCACUAUACAAGAUGAUUGGAGAGAGUUACCAUCCUCAUGGACUGCGGGAUUGAACGUGGAUGAAUAUCUCAUCAGCGGCACAUACAACCCCGAGAUAAACAAAUACGGCGUCGCAUGCGGGCAAAGCAUUGAAGAAUGGGAAGCAGCUGGCUGGAUCGCCCACGAGUACGACGUUCGGGGCUGGUUUCAAUGGUAUUGUCGUUUCUGGAUGGGCCGGCGAUGUCCUGAUGACGAGCGCCAGAUCAGUCGUUGGAAGAAGUGCGUUGGCGAGACGGGUCGUUGGCGACGGAUAUUGCUCAAGAAAUACGUGACUUUGGGGAUACGGACGGUAUUCGCGGACGAUGGCAGAGAAGAAGAUGAUGUUGAUGUGAGCCCUGUAGUGCACCAGACGUGCCACCACUGGGCAUAUGAAGUUCGACAAGACGCUUUGGAGAGAUUCUGGGCUAACGGGAAAUGA